AUGGCUAUACCGCCAUUAUUAAAUAACAGGAAUAUUGAGGAGUUUGAAGCGAUAAUGGUAGAAAUGGUGGAGGAAAAGAACAGAUUUGAGAUGUUAUUUAGGAGUGCGAAAUCAAACCUUAAUGGUUUGCAAGAAGUGAUAAUACAAGAAUUUCAGUUUUCUGAAAAUAAGAAUUGUUUCUCAAGUUUAAUGCAGAAAUUGAAUGAGAAAUGGUCAAAGGAUUUGGAUGAAAUGCAAAAAAUGGCGAGUAAAUUGAAAAUACUGCAUGAGUAUACAGAGAAAAACUUUAAAAGCUUGUUGGAUUGCUUGCAUGGCCGAGAAAUUAAACAGUUGGAAAAUAAUGAAAGAGAAGGAGAUACUUUCAAGAAAAUAUGUGAACAUUGUGAAGAAGUAGUGCAGGAGCUAAAAAGGACGGCUCAGCAUUUUCGAAUCAAUGAGGAAGAUAUAAGAUAUCAAAGCUCAACUUUGUUUGAGAAUUUGGAUUUUGGAAGUGAAAUUACUGCUGCAAUAAUUCGUGCUGCUGAAAAUUUAACAAAGGAAAACGAUGAACUGAAAAAUGAAAAUGCAGAACUCAGGAAUACGAUUUUUAUAUUGGAAAAAGAAAACAUAGAUUUAAAAGAGAUGAUAAAAAUGUCAAUUGUACAAGAGAAAAAAUUUGAAGAGGUAGAAAACAGAUUAGACCGUUUGCGAGAAGAGAGUGAACGCUUAAUAAAAGCAUGCUAUGAUGUAGAUGAGGAAGUUGAUGAUCUUAAAAAUCAGAUAUUAGAAUGGUUGAAUGCAAAUCACUAA